UAUAUGCAUAACCAUACACACACUUAUGAAUAUGACUUUUGGCACUGUGAGUUACAGCCAAGCAUUUUAUCUAAAGAAGACAACCAACCAAUAGCACCAACCAAUAUAGUAUUGCCAUAGUAUUGUCUUCAGCUCUCAAUUGCAUGCUUGUUGCUCCAUGGUAAACCCAAUGAUGCCCGCAUGCCACUGCUGGUGGUCACAUGACACACCUAGCUUAACUGUUACUUGCUGGUUCAGACCAACCGCCGUUUGGACAGUGAGUAGGAGAGAAUAGGAGUUUUUGAUCAGCGAUUGCUAAAUUUAUCCAAACCGUGAGUAAAAAUAAAAAACCGUAUAGGAGGAGUAGUAUAGGAGUAAAGAACAACAUGGAUUUGAGUGAGAGAAGGAGAUGUCCGGCUGGACAGGUAGUGAAAAGCUGCAUAGAAGGUAAGACCAACAAGGAUUGGAUCAAGGAGUCAGGAGAAAGAAAAUCAGAUGCAGCAAAUGAUAAAAAGAUUUGCAGAAAUGCACAGACAAGUCUGGAUAGGAGCAUUAAAAGGAGAUGGAGAGUAGAGAAACAGACAGAAAAUAAAGAGAAGACCAUUAAAAGGAUAAAAAUGAAAAAAGACAGAUUGAAAAAGAAAGCCAGGCAGAGAAAACCAGUGAAGAUGAGAAGAUUAAAAGGAGAAGAUUUGAAGGAGGAGAUAUAGAAAAGGAAAGCCAGGCAGAGAAGAAGACCAAUGAAGAUAAAAUGAUUAAAAGGAGAAGAUUUGAAGAAGGAGAGAUAGAAAAGAAAAGCCAAGUAGAGAAGAAAACUAGUGAAGGUAAGAGCAUUAAAAAGAGAGCAGUUGAAGAAGGACAGUUACAAAAGGAAAGACAAGCAAAGAAAAAGUCUAGUAAGCUUGAGAGAAUUAAAACAAGUCAGGUUGCUAAAGACGAUAAAAAAAUCAAAGAAGACAACAGUAAAGAAAGAAAUUUAGAGCAAAAUGAAGGGAAUAGCGGAAGAUCAAGACCAGAAGACCUAUUAGAAGGUGGAAGCAUACAGAAGAGACCCCGUCUGGACAUUGAAAGACCUGCUCCCCUGGAUAGUAACAACUACAAGUUCCACACUGUACUGGGACAAGGAGGCUUUGGCCAGGUGAUGUUGGCUUCUUUUAGACCAAAUAAACAACUGGUGGCAAUUAAGAUCUUGAAGAAACAGAAGAACGACUGCUAUUCCAUCGCUAAAGAAGCUCGUGUAUUGAAGAUCAGCAGAGAAUGUGCAUUUUUAUGCCAAUCUCAUGCAACUUUUCAGUCAGAGCUUGAAGCCUUCUUUGUCCUGGAGUAUGCCAGUGGGAAAUCUUUAUGGCAAAUGAUUAUGCGUGAAGGAGGUCUGCCAAUGUCGACAAUCAUGUUCUACACAGCAGAGAUGGUGGUUGCCCUCCAGUUCCUGCAUUCUAAGGGAAUCAUUCAUCGUGAUCUGAAGCCAGACAACAUAUUAGUGGAUAAAGACGGCCACAUAAAGAUCUGCGACUUUGGCAUUGCAGAAGAGAACAUCUUUGGCCAGAGGAAGACCUACGGCUUAGCAGGAACCCCUGGAUAUCGGGCACCAGAGAUUCUAUUAAAGGAAGACUACAAUACAGCCGUGGAUUGGUGGUCUUUUGGGGUGACAAUGUAUGAAAUGGCCACAGGUGAAUUGCCAUAUUCAACAUCAGGCAGCAUUUUAAGGCAGCGAUAUAUGAUUUUGAACAAAACACCAAAAUAUCCAUGUUAUAUGAGCGAGGAAAUGCUGGACCUCCUGCCUAAGCUUUUGGAGAUUGAUAACACCAAACGAAUUGGACAGAAUGGGAACAUCAGGGAGCAUCCUUUCUACAGCACUAUUAACUGGGAUGAUCUGGAAAAUCGAAGACUGAAGACACCUUUUAAGCCAGAAAUGCCAUCUGCGGACGACUUAGAUGAAUAUCCGCUAACAUUCUCCCCUCAUAGUUGCGAUGGAAAGAAUUUGAAAGAUUUCUCGGAAGUUGAUCCCAACUGGAAUUGGCAGGAGUAAGGCAUUACCUCUGUUCUAACAUGGGAUACCAUCAUUAUUUGCUGCCUGUAACAACCUGAGGCCUUUAACAUCUGUGGCAAGCUGCACCCCUAAACAACCAAUCCACCUGUUGUACCAAACCUAAACCAUCUCCUGUGAAUGUCACCUGGUUCUACCAUCAAAGCCAGCACCAGACGGGAUCUCUGUCUGUAGCUUCUAAAGGACGGAAAAUAGGAAGGUAAUAUGGUAAGGUUACAUCUUGAAUGAAAAUUGCCAAAUAAAACCAGGUUACCCCCACCCUCCCCCAAACAUCUGCCUCCCUCCUAUUCCCUUACCUGUGAUUAACCCCUAUCCUAAGUGGCCCACUCCAGUGGCAUAACUAUAAAGGAAGCAAACCCCAUGGCCGCGGGGGGCCCGGAUCUACUUCCUUUAUACUGUCUCCCUCCUACUCCCUUAUCCCUGAUUUGCCUCUUUUUUAAUCACUAAACCACAACCCAAACUUCUGUCUCUCUCUUUUUCUCUUACCCAUGAUUGACCCCUUUCCUAAGUGGGUCACACCAACAGCAUAACUAUAAAGAAAGCAGACCCCAUGGCCGCGGGGGGCCCGGAUCUACUUCCUUUAUACUGUCUCCCUCCUACUCCCUUAUCCCUGAUUUGCCUCUUUUUUAAUCACUAAACCACACCCCAAACUUCAGUCUCUCUCUUAUUCUCUUACCCAUGAUUGACCCCUUUCCUAAGUGGGUCACACCAGCAGCAUAACUAUAAAGGAAGCAGACCUUCUGGCCGCGGGGGGCCUAGGUCUACUUCCUCUAUACUGUCUCCUCCUACUCCCUUUCCUCUGAUUUCCUUCAUUCAUAAUCACUACUGAACACCCCAAACAUCUGCCUUCCUCUUAUUCCCUUACCUGUGAUUAACCCCUUUUCUAAACAGUGGUGUAACUAUAAAGGAAGCAGACCCCCUGGCCGCGGGGGGCCCAGGUCUACUUCCUCUGUACUUUCUCCCUUCUGCUCCCUUACCCUUGAUUUCCCUUCUUCCUAAUCUCUAAACAACACCCCAAACUUCUGUUUCUCCCUUAUUUCCUUACCUGUGAUGGCAUAACUAUAAAGAAAGCAGACCCUGUGGCCGCGGGGGGCACAGGUCUACUUCCUCUAUACUGUGUCCUCCUUUUCCCUUUCCCCUGAUUUCCUUAUUUACAUUUCUCUCAAUCCCUUUCCCUAUUCCCAGCUUCUUUACCAUCCACUUUUAAUCCCUCCAGGUUUUCUUCCAUACCUUAACCCUAGCACUUCCCAUACCCAUGCCCUCUUUGUCCUAUCCCCAACUUCUCUCCCAACUCUUCUCUGUGAGUGUGUGUGCUCUAUGUAUUUGUGUGUGUGAUUGAGUGUAAGUCAGUUUAGUCAUUUGAAAUGCUCACCCAUUUGUUGAACAGGAGAACACUGAGAUAUAUUUCUUACUAUUAUCCACUAGUAUUUCUAGGUGCGUCUAGAGUCAUUUUACUUGCAGUCCAUAGCCAGUUCAGAGGUCACUGUAUUUGUAGAGCUUGCAUUAAUAGCGCAGCAGCUGCUGACUGUACUGCAGGUGAAAUUGGAUUAGAAGCACCUUCAAAUGCCCCUGUGUCUAUCAUUCUUACUGUUCUCCUGUUCAAUGAAUCAGUUACCAGUGCCAGGAUAUUUUUAUAACCUGUUACUUUCCCAAAUGUAUGCCAAUACUGAACCAACCCAUAUGCCCUGAAGGUAGCAUUGUACUUACUGUACAAAGCUACUGGUUUUAGUAGAAUUAGGAAACCAUUGAUCCAGGGAUUAUACCGAUUGCCAUUUUGGAGUCAGGAAGGAAUUUUUUCCCCCUUCUGAAGCAAAUUAGAAGCUGCUUCAGACAGGGGUUUUUUGCCUUCCUCUGGAUCAUCUAAAAAUUAGGUAGGAUUUGUUUCAGCAAAAGGUUGAAUUUGGACACCUUUUUUCAACCAUAACAUCAAUGCCACACCUGGCUGAGAAAGCUCCCAUUCACUCCAUGGUAUAAGUGCAGUGACAGUCAUGGAACAGAUUUUGGUGUGAAAAUGUAUAUUUAUGCUUCUCUGCACCAAAAUCCACUCCGUGUGUAUCAAUGCACUUACACCAUGGAGCAAAUGGGAGCGGAUCUGCUUUUUCACAGCCUGGUGUGGCAUUAGCCUCACUACUAAGUAACUGUGUCAGUGCACAUAAGAUAAUUAAAAUCACCAUUAGAAUAUAAAUUAAACCAACUAAAACAAAAUCUCCUAAAAACAAAAGGGGUACUAAAAUGAAUCAAAUAGGAGGGGGUUCAGUGCUGGCUUUUUCAAGCCGGCAAUCGGCUACAUAUGAAUCUAGGAUUAGGGACUAUUCCAGCAAACCACAGCAAUUAUAUUAACUUUAAUAUACCAAUAGCUCACUAUGUGAUUUGCUUUAAUAUGCAUGUAUGUUGUAUGGCUUUGUGAGACGUAUGAGCAUUGUAAAAACAAACCCAAAAUAUCUAGUUCUGUGUCAGUAUCUAGUUCUUUGAUCAGCUAAAUAGGGACAUCAUUAGUCAUUCACCAGUAUUUAUAAUCUAAAAUCCUUACUGGUUAGGGGAGUAGUGCAGCAAACCAUAUGGUUAGCCAAACAGCAGAGGUAUAAAUCCCACGUGCUCUAUGUGUCUCAAUGUGAUUUUACAAAAUAGUCAAUGUAUGUGUGAUGAAAGUCAGUUUUGUGUCUGAAUGUGAACUUAAAAAAUCCCAGUGAAGAGCUUUAGGGACUAAAUAGGGAAUCAUUGCAGCAAGUCAUAUGGUCAGCAAAUCAGUGAGGAUUUCAUCCUCCUUUUGCCUAUGAUCACCAGCUGAUUUGCUCCAACAAAUAAAAUUAGCUAGCGUAUGUUUGAAUGAAAUCCAAUAUGUGUAUGUGGGAAUAUUUAGCUUGUGCCUCUCAGUCAUUACUGAGGAGGAAAGGUCCCAUGACGGUUUGUCACUCAGUGCUGGACCAGCUAGGGAACUAUUGCAGCAAAUUAUAGGGUGAGCCAUUUGCUGCAAUAAAUGGA